AAUUAAAUAUCAUUAAAGAUUUAUAAUUAAAUGUACUUUAAAAAUGCCUUUUGUUAAUAAAAAAUCUAAAAAGGAAAAAUACUUUGAAGUUCAAAUACAGUAGAUGGAGAAAAUCAAUAAAGACUACGAUACAAGGAAAAAUUCAAAGUAGAAAAAAAACAACAACACACAGCAACAAAAAGUAGAAAACAACAAGAGCAAAAAAAAAGCAUUAGUAGAAUAAAUAGUAUUUUGCAUUUACCAAUGGAAACAUGGAUAACGAACAACCACAUCAGGAACUUGUUAAGUGUGUCCUUGUUGGCGAUACAGCCGUAGGCAAAACGCGAUUAAUAUGUGCUCGUGCAUGCAAUAAACAUGUUUCCCUUUCACAAUUAUUAUCCACUCAUGUGCCCACUGUAUGGGCUAUAGACCAAUAUCGUAUAUAUAAAGAUGUACUUGAACGCUCAUGGGAGGUAGUUGAUGGUGUCAAUGUAUCUUUACGUCUUUGGGACACAUUCGGUGAUCAUGAUAAAGAUAGACGUUUUGCUUAUGGACGGUCUGAUGUUGUUUUGCUGUGUUUUUCCAUUGCCAGUCCCAUUUCCUUAAGGAAUUGCAAAGCCAUGUGGUAUCCGGAAAUCAGAAGAUUUUGUCCUGAUGUUCCAGUUAUAUUGGUGGGCUGUAAAAACGAUUUACGUUAUAUGUAUCGUGAUGAGACCUAUCUCUCUUAUUUUGGUGAGAGAAGUACAUUUGUCAGAGCUGCUCUCAAAAGUGAUUUGGUAAUGCCAGAUGAGGCCCGUGCCGUGGCCCGGGAACUUGGUGUUUCCUAUUACGAAGCCAGCGUCUUUACCUAUUUUGGUGUUAAUGAAGUGUUUGAAAAUGCCAUACGUUCUGCUUUAAUUGCCCGACGACAACAACGUUUUUGGAUGACAAAUCUUAAAAAAGUUCAAAAACCUUUGCUGCAGGCCCCAUUUCGUCCCCCCAAACCGCCACCACCCGAAAUGACCGUAGUGGUGGGUAAUUUUCGCCAGGAUAUGUAUAACAUGUUUUUGGCUCAAAACUAUACCGAUCUUAUAUUGGUUGUUGGCACAAUAAAAUUUCCCGUACACAAAUUUAUGCUUGCUGCUGCUUCUAAUGUUUUCAAUCGUAUUCUAAAUACGGAAAUUACCGAUAUGGGCGGACGCAGUAGCAGUGAGUCGAGUAUGAUAAGUUCAACAUUUGGUGAGGCAACAACGGCUGAUUUUAACGAUGACACCGAGUGCCUGAUACGUAAUGAAUCUCGUGCACAAAGAAUGUGGGAGCAAAUUAAACGCCGUUCCAGUUAUCAAGCUUUGCCUUUGAUUGAGGCCAAAAAACCAAGUGAACUUUAUAAGGAUUUACAUCAUCCGGUCUUUCAGAAUAUACGCAUAGUACAGGUGGACAAUGGUCGUGGCAAUUUGAUUAAUCAAACUAUUAUAACUUUAACAAAGAUUAUAACUACUCAAGCUUUGCAUCAAUGUCUUAAAUUUAUUUAUACUGGCACUAUUGAAAAAGAAUUGAAUAAUAUACAGGAUAUUGAACAAGCUGCCGAUUUGCUGGAACUGCCUCAAUUAACACAAUUGCUUACCAAGACACAAAAUAACGCACCCAGCAUUAAUGAUGAUCCUAGUUCUCAUAUAUGUCUUAGUAUUAAAGAAAAUAUGGAAAAACAUUGCAUGGGUGAUGGUUGCUUUAGUGAUAUUACUUUUGAAUUGGACGAUGGACAAAUGAAAGCACAUCGUGCCAUAUUGGUGGCACGUUGUGAUGUAAUGCGUGCCAUGUUGGCUGGUGAUUUUCGUGAGGCACACUCUAGUGUGAUUGUAUUUCCUGGCGUGACUAUUUAUACAUUCCAUAAAUUACUUUGCUAUUUAUAUACCGAUGAAAUACCACAUAUUUCGGCUGCUAAAUGUUUAAACCUUUUGGAACUAGCCAAUCGUUUAUGUCUGCCACGUUUAUUAAAUUUAGUCGAGUGUCGUGUUAUAGAGGAUCUCACCAUGAUUUCACAAAAAGAAACCAAUGAAACUGUAGAUCAUUGUCUUAAGCUUUUAGAGCCUGUAAAGCUGCACAAUGCCGAUCAAUUGGCCGAAUGGUGUAUGUCAUAUUUAUGCGUUAACUACAAUGUCAUUUGCCGGCAUUCAAUUAAAGGCCUUCGAGCUUUGCAUCAAGAUAAUCAAGAGUAUUUGCGUGAACAUAGAUGGCCACCCGUUUGGUAUUUAAAAGAUUAUGAUUACUAUCAACGUUGCAUUAACGAAAUGAAUAAAGAGUUAAAGAACUCACGUCGAGAUUCACGCAGUGAUGACGAAGGCUGUCUUUGUUUUACAGGCGUAUUUUCUUGGAUGUUAGGUAAGCAAAAACAGGAAAGGAUUGCAGCUGGCAAUGUGAAUGGAGAAAGCACAAAUGAUAAUCAAAUAUUUAAUAGUUCUGAGAAUUCUAUGAAUCACAUUGAUCUGGAGGCCGAUAUUGAUUUAAAUCUCUGACAUCCAGCUUUGGGGCAUAGAAGAUCAUUUCGUUUUAUUGUGAUCUUGCCCGUUUUGAUAUGUUUCAUUUGCACUAUUUUGAGUAUUUUAAUACUUUUUCAAAUCUACACAUAGCGCUUGCGGAAUUGUGGUCUAAAGUAUGAUGAAACCUAGAGUAUGGUGGGUGCAGAAACUACUACAAAAAAAUGAAAAAAAACAAAACGAAAACCUUUAUUUUUUUGGACCGCUUGUGUGUUUUUCUAACAACAAGUACUACUUUGCAAUAAAAACAAAAAAAUACGCUACGCUGAAAACGUAUAUUAUUUUUAUAAACAUUUGACAAAGUAAAAAACAACAGCAAAAACAAAAAUUAUUAAAAAAAAACCAGCGCAUAAAUUCACUUUGUUUUUCCUUGAUUACAAAAACUACCAGGCAGGCGUAUUGUAUGAACAACAAUAAUAACAAACAACUAAAAAAAAUAAAAAUAAAAUAAUU